AUGGACGCGAGCUCCCUCCCAGAUUUCAAGAUCCUGUCGCACCCAACCAAGUGGGACAAGAUCGACUAUGAUCAGCAAUCCUCGCUAUCAACAGACGAGGAUAUCACUCUAAACGCAACUUCGUCGUGGACAUACUGCGGCCCACUCCUCCCACUGAACGCGAAGAACCUACCCUCCUCAUUCCACACCUGGGCCCAGUCCACUAUCAACGGCUCAAUCGUGUCUCCCUUAUUCGCCUUUUUAGAAUUCGUACACGACUUCCUCACAGCAAACGAUAUAUCAACCUACUGGCUCACGAUACGCGCAAGCCAAGGCUCCGACGAAUUCGACAUCCCCCGAUGGCAUACAGAUGAUCUCUUCUUCUCCCCAGUCUCUCCCAACAACCUCCACCCCCAAUCCAAAUCGCAAUCCCAGCGCCGCUCUCUGCUCCCUUCCUUCUCUGGCGCCACCAACGUCCACAAGCGGACAUCAUCGUCACUCUCGAAUCUGGGCAAACCCAACAAAAACAACCGAUCUACAGCCCUCUCCACCACGGAAAUAAACGCCAAAACACCCCUCCCACCCUCCGUCCAAAUAACAUCUUCCUCGCCCAACCCGACAAACUGGAAACUAACCACCACCCUCCUCGGCCCGGGAACCCUCUUCAUAGCCCCCCACCUCAACGCCCAAGCCCGCACCCUCCAACGAAGCACCAAAAUGUCCGUCCGCGCCUCAAACCCAGAUCACAUUUGUCUCUCCAUCCGCUGUGUAGGCUGUGCCUCAGCCGCAGAGUCAGUCCGAGCUAUACUCGCCGCGCAGCUAGGCGGGUAUGACGGUAGUGCAGGUGGUGGUUCUGGUGCUUUCAAUGGGCAUGGGCAUGGGCACGGAUCUACAUUUGGAAAGGGUAUUAUCCAGGCGCGCACAGGCGAGUGCGUAUUCUUCCGAGUUGGUGAGGACGAAGGCGCGGUACAUUCGGAGCCGAUGUCCCACGGGGAUCGUAUCUUUGUUAAUGUUGUACCCGGGUGUGAAGAGGAUUUGAGGUGUUUGAUGGGGAAAUGGGGGAUGGAGUAUCCGCGGGCUUGGUGUGUGGGGUUGCCGUUUCAGGGGGUUGAGGGGGGUUGUAGGAGGAAUGUUGGUGAGGUUUGA